CCGUUUCUCUGUUUUCUUCUCACUUUGCCUUACACUCCUUUUUCCCACUCUAUUUUCCCUCACUUUCCCUCACCAAUCCUUCUCCCCCCCCCCUCUCUCGUUCUGUCUCUCUCUCUUUUCUGCACCCACUCCUCUCUGGGGCCAUAGCCGAAAGAAGUCUGGCGGCUCAUCCUCUGACGACUCUGACUGCGAUGUCAGUCACUGGCUCUCCUCAGCCCCUUCCGGCCCCUCCCCCUCCUCUCACCCCCAUGCGCCUGAAGGCUCCGCCCACACCAGCCUCCCUGCUGGUCAAAGUCCUUACAACACUCAGCCACAACACACUGCCCUCUACCAGCCCCCCAAAAAGCAAGCCACCAACAUCCCAUACUUUGAGCGCUUCCCGGUGGUAUUCCCUAUGAUCGACCCCACCUCCGGCCCCCGGCUGGUCAAAUGCGAGAAGCGUCCCCUUCUGGGGCGUGACAACCCCCUGGAUCCACCAGAACAGUUGGAUGAGUCCCUGGCAAGCAUCUUCCCUGACCUGGAGAAUGACGACAUGUUCGCCCGACGCACCCAGGCCUUCCACUCCAACUCGGCGCUGGCUGUGCUGAAAACCCGGGUGUGCGUAAACCACUUGUCCGGCCACCUCUACGCCUCGAACCCCCAGCUCAACAUCGCCACCCAGCCGCAGACACCAGGCAAGGAUCACAAGACCGUCAUCCCCGACAUCGAGAGGGACGACUUCAUCUUUCGGAAGCUCAACCAGCCCCAGGAUGGUCGGCGGCAGAGACCACUGUUGGGUGCGGCCGACAGCUAUAACCCGAUGACCAUUCCUGAGCCCUGGGCACUGCCUGCCAAGCUCCAGGCGCGGCUGCUCUGCGCCCCCUCACCUUUGACCCAGGACGUUGAAGCUGAGGGCAGGGAGAAUCAUGAGGAAAGAGGAGAUUGUGAUGGGCACCCUAAAACGGACGACAUGUUGCUGAGGAAGUUUGGGGUGGUGCUCGGGGUGGGGGUGGGGGCAGUGCGUGUCCAAGGUCAGCGGUCAUAUCUUGGUAUGUCGGCCAAUCAGAUGGGUCCGUCGCUGCCCACUUCCUGUAGCGAGGGUGACCUGCAGAAGAUGGUGGCGAUUAGGGAGGCGAGUCGGCUGAGGUACAAGAAGAGGAUGAUGAUUGAGAGGUUAGCCUUUCUGAAGAGUUAGGAGAUAAAAUGGCUGCUGAAAACAACAACUUCGCUACAGGGCCUGUUGCUCUCAGAGCAAAUCUCAUAUGGCACCCCAAGCCCUAUAUAGUGCACUGCUAUGGGCGACAGGUAGCUUAGCGGUUAGAGCGUUGGGCCAGUAACCGUUGCUGGUUCAAAUACAAGGUGAAUAAUCGGUCAAUGUGCACCUGAGCAAAGUACUUAACUCUAAUUUGCUCCAGGGGCGCUGUAGUACUUUGACUGACCUGGAGCCACAUAGGUCUACCGUAUAAGGCUCCAGUCAAAAGUAGUGCACUAUAUAGGGAAUAGGGUGCCAUUUGAGACAGAGACUCAAAACUCCAGGUUGUGUAUUGUUGUUUUCUUCUUUAACUCCCACACCUCCCGCCCCCACACACACACCGGUGCUGUUUACUUCUAAUAAACCCUUUUCUGUCUGUUAUUGAAGUGCCCUAAAUCGCAUGUGGACAUGCAUUGAUACGGAGUGGUGCUUAUAGAAGGACCUCAUAGAAGGAAAUUUCAAUUAACUAUUUUAAGCACUUCUCUACCAAAAACAAACAUGUGCCUUUCACACUAACUGCAACAAAUUGAUAAAAGACAACUUUACAGUAAAUGUAUUUUAACACAUAAACCCAGUGGUGGAAAUGUAGAAAAAUAACCCACGGUUAUGUUACCUCAGCUUUUGAGAAAGUGGUUUGAUUGAUUAGGUCAAACAAAUGACUUUUUUUACGCAGGUUGUGGUAUUUUCUGAAACCAUACAAGCUAUACGAUUCUGAAGCUCUAAAACGCAACUCUCUAAGUAAAUGACCUUUCUGUACAACUUGUAUAACUGAUGCUAUCCUUUUUUCAAGUGCUAAUUCUAGACACCACCACAUGAGUACUGUCGUCAAUGCAUUGACCAAAAAUGUAUACCUCCAUCAGAAUUAACACAACAAGACCCCAUUCUGUUAUACAUUUGUUUGUUUUUUUGUUUUUGUUUGUUUUUGCUCAUGGAUUGCCUUUGCCUGUGAAUUUAAAAAAUACUUUGUCCCAUGCUUAAUAAAAAUAGACAAAAACAGA